AUGGACGGAAACCUCGCCUCUUCACUGGGAGCGUACCGACAGCCGCAGGUGUCUCAGUCCGGGAUGCAGCAGCACAUGGGUCACAACGCCACGGUGGCCACCACAUACCACAUGCCGCACGGCGUCUCCCAGUUCUCCCACAGCGCCAUGGGGGGAUACUGUAACGGGAGCAUUGGAAACAUGGGGGACCUGCCGUCUUACCAGGAGAGCAUGCGGAAUAGUGCAGCCGCAACAGGCUGGUACAGCACCAAUCCGGACCCCAGAUACUCCACCAGUAUGAACAUGGCGGGGAUGGGCACGCUCACUGGAAUGGCCGAUGCCACCAAAUCCAUGCCAGCCCUGCACGCAGCGCCCAGACGGAAACGACGCGUGCUGUUUUCCCAGGCGCAGGUCUACGAGCUGGAGAGGCGCUUCAAGCAGCAGAAGUAUCUGUCGGCACCUGAGAGGGAGCACCUGGCCAGUAUGAUCCACCUGACGCCCACUCAGGUCAAGAUCUGGUUCCAAAACCAUCGCUACAAAAUGAAGCGCCAGGCCAAGGACAAGGCGGCGCAGCAGCAGCAGCAGGACGGGACGCUGUGCCAGCAGCAGGCGCAGUCCCCUCGGCGUGUGGCGGUCCCAGUGCUGGUGAAGGACGGCAAACCCUGCCAGAACGGCUCUAACACUCCGACCCCAGCCCAGGUACAGCAGAGCCAGCAGCAGAACGGGCCCGGGGUCGUGCAUGCGUCCUCCACCAGCGGCCUGCACCAGGGCCAGGUGAACGCGUUAGAUCUGGAGGAGAUGUCCCCCAGCCCCCCCUCUCUACACAGUCAGCUCAACAUGGCUCAGCUGGACACGUCUGCAGUGGACUACACCUCCAGCAUGGUCAGCUCCAACCUGCUUUACGGCAGGACGUGGUAG